CCCACUCCUCUCUGUGCUCGUGCCGCUGCUGCCUGCCGUGCUGCAUGUGUCCCAGCUGAUCUGUUCCUUAGCUGAAACAACACCCUGGGCCAAAAUGUCUGUCAGCACUACCCAUAUGGGAAAUCUGUGCAUUACUACUCAGGUUCUGCCAGGAACAGAUGUAGAUGCUGCACACGCUUCUGUUGCUAAAAAGACCCAAGCACACUUUAGGAGACAUAAGAACCUGCAUAUGAAGGCACUAGGUACUGUGCUGAUCCUCAUUGGUUUGCUACAGCAAAGUUUUGGAGUAAUCAUGAAUAUUGCCGAAGAGGAAUUAUAUUCAUUAACUGUACGAAGUGGAGUUUACUUUUGGGGUGGCUUGGUGGUCAUUCUCGCAGGAUGCAUCACAGUGGCUUUGGAAACAACAGAAAAUAUCAUACUGGUAAAGGCUUCUUUGGGAUUUAUUGCUGUGAACGCAGUUCUUGGAGCAGUGGGCCUUAUCCUGUAUAUGGUUCAGUUGUACCUAGAAACAGAGCUUUCUUGGAUAAGAAGGAACUAUGAAGUAGCAAGUUACUGCAACAAUGUAACAAAUCAAGACAAAUAUGACUACUUCUACUAUGAAAGAAAUGAGGUUGACGUUUUGGUUCUCCGAUUGGCAGUGAAUUCCGUGGUACUUCUGCUCUCUCUAACAGCAUUCUUAUUGUCUAUUUCUGUCAUUAUUUUGGGAAGGAAAGUUCUAAAAGACAACCAAUACUUAAUGCUGAAAUAAAUAUUGAAACACAGUGCAGGAGACUCA